CGGCCCGGCCCGGCCCGCCAAACCCACGCUCACUGGACGGCAACGGCCCGGCCCGCAACCACCAUUUCCCUUUCCCUCGUGCCCAACUCCCCAAGCGAGCGACUCCCACCGCCACCGCCACCGCCACCGCCACCGCCGCCGUCGGCCAUUUCCAAGCAGCCAUGGACGAGUGGGUUCACCAAGCCGAGGUGUGGGUGCGCCAAGCCGAGAGCUGGAUCCGCCAGCAGCCUACGGAGCAGAUCUAUAUCGCCGCCGCGGUGGUUGCCCUCACAAUCCUGCUGCUUAUCGUAGCAUCUUGUCUGAAAUCCUCGAAGCCAAAUACUAUAGUGCUAUCCGGCCUUAGUGGCAGUGGCAAAACUACUAUUUUCUACCAGCUUCGGGAUGGAUCAUCACAUCAAGGAACUGUGACUUCAAUGGAAGAAAACAAUGACACAUUUGUACUGCAUUCAGAGCAAGAAAGGAAAGGCAAAGUAAAACCUGUGCAUGUUGUUGAUGUCCCUGGCCAUUCAAGGCUCAAGCCCAAGCUUGAUGAAGUCCUGCCUAAAGCAGCUGGGGUUGUUUUCAUUGUUGACGCUCAAGAUUUCUUGUCUAGCAUGCAAGCUGCUGCAGAGUACCUGUAUGACAUUCUGACAAAGGCAAUUGUAGUGAAGAAAAAGGUUCCUGUGCUUAUAUUCUGCAACAAGACAGAUAAAGUUACAGCCCACUCAAAGGAGUUCAUAAAGAAACAGUUGGAGAAAGAAAUAAACAAGCUUCGGGAAUCAAGGAAUGCCAUAUCAUCAGCUGACAUCUCUGAUGAAGUCCAGCUCGGGGUCCCUGGAGAGGUAUUCAACUUCAGCCAGUGCCAGAACAAGGUGGCUGUUGCUGAGGGUGCCGGUUCGACCGGUAAUGUUUCAGCUGUCGAGCAAUUCAUCCGUGAACAUGUGAAGGCGUAGAUUGUUCUUAUUAUUCUCAGGGCUGUGAAUGGUUCACCUGAUGAGGCAAGACAUCCAACAGAGCUUCAUGAGCUCCUCUGACGAUGUUUUCAGGCACAAUCAUAUUCUGCACCGCUUCAGCUAACCCAUUACCCAUGUUAGAUGCAUUCCAUGUUGAUUGUUAAUUAACGCUUGGCAGUCAUCGGGUAUGAAUAGAGGCAAGUAAGAACCGUCUCUGGCCAUGUUUAUUUUGCUUGCUAAGGUUGAUAUUUCCCUGAUUUUUACCAGUCUCUGUUCUAAACUCUGGUUGUAGUUACAAGCAAAAGUCCAGAUCUGAUCAAAAGCGUUGGAUGUGAAUAGAGCAUGUUAAGAACUGACUGUGUGUUUUUCUGAAGCAACUGUUUUAUAUGGUGAGACGCUUAUAAGACAGGCCUCACCUUCCGGAAGUGAACACGGAAGGCAAUUGGAUAGCUUGGAGUAUUGAUGUAGUCUCAGAAACAUAUGGUGUCUUUGUUGGGCGGCUGUGCGACAGAACACCAUUCCUAUUCCUUUUAUAUUUGAAAAUGAGCUCUUAUUUCAUUCUCGCU